AUGGAUCCGAUGACGCAUCCCAUCAGCCAUGGAAAUGAGGGUAUUGUCAACCUACGGCAGGAAACUGCCGCCAUCCGGGCAAUGGGCCUACCACAAAAGGGAUUCCCAAUAGUUUUUGUUCCUGGAUUCAGCGGUUGGGGACGACCCCUUCUUGGAACGGUGAACUAUUUCGGUGGUUUUGAGAACUUGCCCUUGAUCUUGUCUCAGUUGGACUAUAACGUCAUUGUGGUUCGCAUUGGCCCUAUCUCAUCCAAUAAAGAGAGAGCCUGCGAGGUCUUCGCACAGCUCACUGCCGGGGGAUUCGACCUUCCGGGCACACCCACCACUUUCGUACCAGUGAACUUUGGCAUUAAUCACCCAGCUGAAGAUCUGGGACUUGUUGCGGGCGCUGAAACUCCCCGAGCAGUCCUUUAUCAGGCUUCAGGAAAUGCCCUUCCUAUCGACUGGAAAUGGAGUGAUACUAAUAAAGUCAACUUCAUCUGCCACUCACAAGGUGGUACAACUGUCCGAUGCCUUAUCGAACUAUUAUCUGGAAUAAGUGAUCGAAACUUAACAGCGUUUCGCGGUGUUGACCGCCAGCCCUGGGUCAAUUCCGUGGUCACCAUAGGCACACCACACAAAGGUACAACUGUGACAGAUGUAGUGAAUGAUCUUAUUACGCCAACUGGCUUAGACCCACUGGUGGACUUGAUCACCUCGUGCUCAUUUGAAGAUAGACAGGAUAGGGUUUACGACCUCCACCUAGACCAUUGGGGAUUCGCUAAUCCUUCAAGACAAACUUACCAAGCUAUGCGUGCGAGGAUUGCCCCGGCAGUUACCACUUGGUGGGUUGGACGAUACAACGGAUUCUACGACAACAGUGUUCGGGGUAUAAACGCACUUGACUCGUUUGCACCGGUUCCUUCGAGACAUACCUAUUACUUCACAAUGUCUUUCUGUGCCACAACCUCAUUCCCGAACGAAACCCUUACUGCUCAAGAAAUCAAUGACUUCAUCGCAUUAUUUCCAUAUUCCAUUAAUCCGUUCGGGGUGGGGGGGCUUCUUCUAGCUCCGUUACAGUUUCUCGGCCCAUCAGCUCGUGCAGCAUUAGGCUGGAUGAUUGCCGUGGCGAACAACCAUCUCGGGCCUCUAGGAUAUUUCUCUCGGAUUCCUCCACCCGGCAAUCAAAUACCCCGACCAGAUGUGCUCCCACUCCUGUCGUACCCUGCCUAUGCCAUGGGAGGGCGCAACAUACCACCUGGAGUUGCGAUGCCAGGCAUUACAUCGGAGGAGUUUCAGCCCAACGAUGGCAUCGUUAAUACCUUAUCAAUGGAUGGACCAAUGACUGGACCUGUGAAUCAUGGAAGUUUUGCAGCUCAGCUCGACGCAAGCGGCCCUGCAGACGCCAAGGCAAUUUACUGGCAUUUGGGGACAAAUUCAACCAUUGAUCAUGCCGACCAAAUCGGCGCAUUUACAAAUCGUAUUACCAGUGAUGAGGUACAGGUGAUGUAUAUGUUGUUUGCAGAGCUUAUAGACCGUCUGGGACCAGCAGCUAUCCCGACCACGACUCCAAGUUCU